UUCGCUCCCCAAAUCGUACCCUCUCCGAUCCGUUUUCUUUUCCAUUCAUCGGAACUUCAUCGAUCGUUCUACUUUGAUUGUAACCAAUGGCACCGACCAAGGCUGAGAAGAAACCAGCAGAGAAGAAGCCAUCGACUGCAGACAAAAAGCCAGCGAAGGCCGAGAAGAAGCUUCCCAAAGAAGGCGUAUCCAGCGGCGGCGUAGAUAAGAAAAAGAAGAAGAUCAAGAAGAGCAGCGAGACUUACAAGAUCUAUCUCUUCAAGGUUUUGAAGCAAGUUCAUCCUGAUAUUGGAAUUUCAGGCAAAGCGAUGGGAAUUAUGAACAGUUUCAUCAACGAUAUAUUUGAAAAGCUCGCUCAGGAAUCAUCUCGUCUCGCUCGAUACAACAAGAAGCCAACGAUCACUUCACGCGAGAUCCAGACGGCGGUUAGACUUGUGUUGCCCGGAGAAUUGGCGAAACACGCCGUCUCUGAAGGCACCAAGGCCGUUACCAAAUUUACCAGUUCUUAGAUCGCAACGUGAUUGAUCAAAAUGGAAAUAUGCGAUUUGAUCGGUUCCUAUUUGAACUCUUCAACGUUUAUUGUUCUUACUUUCGAGAUUUGGAUCUAUUAUAGUUCUCCGAUAUACAUUGUUUUUGAUAACCGUUA